CCCAUCUUCACACCACUGGUUCCACAGAGACUCAACGAAAAUGUCAGACUGUAAGGGGCCAAAAGAAAAUACUGCAUUGGAAAGCCAGGACGUCCCGUAUCCAGGAUCAAAAGUUGAACGCACACAAGUACCCAGAUGAUAAGGGACUGGUUAGAUCAACUGAAGGAACUACAGUCCUGUGGACUAUACGGCACCGAGUGUUUUUGUCGGGACCUAAUGGGCAGACCCAGGGAUGGAAGCCAAAAAGCUUUUCCCAAAGUUCAACGAGAAGGAUGGGCAAGUGGAAAGGAGAAGCCACGGUGGCUUAUAUAACGUGGAAAAUGGGAGGCCCAGGAAUCCUGUAGGCAGGACAGGAUGGGGACGAGGUCUGCUGGGGCGUUGGGGACCCAAUCAUGCUGCGGAUCCUCUAAUAACAAGAUGGAAGAGAGAGCAGGGGAAGAAAACAGCUCAGCCGGUAUCUGGUAAAACUCACAGGUUUAGUGCUAUCAAAAGAAAGGACUGCGGAGAAUGGGCCAUUCCAGGGGGACAUGUAGACCCAGGAGAGAGGUUAUCUGCUGCUCUAAAGCGAGAAUUUAGUGAAGAGGCCUACUCUUUGCAGAAAACUACGGCGGAGAAAGAAGAGAUGGAGGAACACCUGAAUAGGCUCUUCAGUCAGGAUCACUUUGUGGCUUAUAAAGGGUAUGUGGAUGAUCCCCGUAAUACUGAUGCUUGGAUGGAAACAGAAGCAGUAAACUAUCAUGAUGAAUCUGAGAAGCCAUGAAGAAAUUUACACCUGGAAGCAGGAGAUGACGCUGGGAAAGUGAAAUGGGUGGAUAUUAGUGAAAAACUUACACUGUAUGCCAGCCACUCUAACUUUGUCCAACUUGUAGCAGAGAAAAGAGGAGCUCACUGGAAGGAAGACUGACUUUGUUGACAGGAUGGGACUAACAAUCAAACCAUAAAUUAAAUCCUAUCAUUUCAGAUGGUAAUGUAGCAGGAGAAUGGGAAGAAAAUGCUUUUUAGGACAUUGUUGGGCGCAUGAAUUAAAGAUGCAAGAUUUCACACAUUUUCUGACAUUCUUGGGUUGAAAUAAUUGGAACUUAAAAAUGUUUAGUGUUGGCUACAUUGUGCCUUUUUAAUCAUGUAUUCUACUAAGUAUUGGAUUUAUCUGUUGUAUACCUGUUUGUACACAAAAUAAAUGACUAAUAUUGAGGUGUUUUGUGGUCCACCAGUAAUAUUGUUGAAAGAUACAGCUGCCAAAAAUCUCUGUAGUUGUCAGCUCAUUGAACAGCUUAAAUGUGUGUCUUUUGAGAAUAAAAACAUCUCUCUAAGUUACUGACUUGA